CUCCAAACUUUAGUUAGCACAUUGUUCAUGCUACAACCCAUCAUUCCUUUCUCUUUCCUCUUCCUUCACUGCAAACACAAUUAUUCUAUUUUGUUGCAUCUGAGGGCUGAUGGUAUCACUGUUGAUGACUUCAGUUUUGCCCCUUCUUCUCAGAACUACCAUUUUCCUUUUCUCAGAAUCUUUCUUUGAUGGACAAGGCAGCUGCUGAACUUCAACGUGAGGCAGCAGAUCCUUCUACUCUUCGUCACCAUCAUCAGUGUUGUGCUGGAAAUGGGAUUGGUGACAGUACCUCCUUGAUUCUAGAGUCCAGAAGACCACGUCUCUCCUCUCUGCAAAUACCAGCAAGGUCAGUGGAAAAUGCAUUAUCCUCUUUCACAAAGACAGAUGGUCCUACAUUGAUAUCAAGUCCAGGUUCCAGUAGAGGACUUCCCCCAAGGCCAAAUUCAGCCAGAGUCAAGUCCACUAUGAAAAGUUUGCUCUCUGAGAGGAGCUUUAGGGCUAAGAAUGGUUCACAAGAUAGUGAAAGGACAGUUCUUAUUGUUCCUGAUAACUUACCAUCAGAUUGUCCUGUGGAUAAGCCUUCAACAUCUAAGCCUUCAACUUCAAGGUCUCUUUCUCUUAACAAGAUUCUGUUUGCUUCAUCAACCAAAGCCACACAUUCAUUGCCAGUUACUCCAACUGCAAAUUCAGGUGCAGAGAUUGUACAAGGAAGACAUCCAGGGUGUGAUUCUGAUUUAAGUAAAAUGGAAGUAAAUCAGCACAUUACUCGAUCGGUUUCCGUUCCUGUUAAUAUCAAAGCCGCUAAUUUAAGACGUACAGAUUCUAGAAGGUUGGUUCGUGUAAUUUCGGCAAGAUCACUUCUAACAACUGGUGAAGGCAUCUCAACUCAGAAUGCUUCCGGUUCAGAGAUUGGUAAUCUUCAUAAUAUAUGGAUUCUAUCUUACAUUUUUUCUGGGUAUCUCAAUUAGAAUUUUCUUUUUUCU